AUGGUCUCAGUAACCUCCCUAUUUCCCAAGGUACUGACCGUUACUUUGUUUGCUGUUACAGGAUACCUUUGUUUAGAGCAUGUUGACGUGUUAUCACCCUGCGUUGUGGAUCCUAUAGUAUUCCUCAUGGUUAGUUUAGCACUUUAUACAUACUUCCGCGUCAUUAACGUUGGGCCUGGAUACCCAAGUGACUUCCCCGCACUCAAGGUUUUGGAUAUGAGUGCUGCAGAGGCUGGAACAGAGCUACCCCCAGAGUACCUCACAAAACGGUCUUUGACCGUGAAGAAAGAUGGCAGAUUUAGGGUAUGCCAAUCCUGUCGGUAUUGGAAACCGGACAGGUGCCAUCACUGUUCCAGUUGUGAUAGAUGUAUACUGAAGAUGGACCAUCACUGCCCUUGGAUUGCAGGAUGCGUUGGAUUUCGGAACCAAAAGCUAUUCAUCCAGUUUCUGCUCUAUACCACUGCCUAUGCCAUAUUUGUUUUAUCGAUGACAUCUGUACAGCUGUAUCGAUGGUUUUACAAUGAUAAGUUUCAAGAAGAGCUGAUAUCUGGGUAUUUACUGUUCCUUUGGAUUUUCUCUCUAGUGGUCUUCAUUGCCAUGACGCUUUUCUCUGCAUUUAGUGUGUCCCAAGUACUCAAAAAUCAAACAACGAUUGAAAUGUACGGUGUACAACGCUGGCGUAACCAGGCCAGGAUUCUUGGAGAUCAACAGGCCUCCCUACAUGAUGUUAACAUUUUUAACCUCGGCUCUUGGCGGAAAAAUUGGGAUGAAGUAAUGGGGCACACUUUAUAUGAAUGGCUUCUUCCCAUAACAGUCUACAAGCACCAUUUAGGUGGGCAUAGCUUGGAUAACCAAGGUGUUUUUUUCCGCGUUGAUUUACAAUUGAACCAGAGUAUUUUAGAAAGCGCAAACCUUCAGGAGAGAUUGACCAGACGGGUCACUCCACGAUCGUCUUUGGACGUUGAUUCACGACCCUUAAUUCGAUAA